AUGUGUAGAAUUGGCCGAGAUCCCUAUGGAGAUGCCCCCUAUGGUGAUGUGCGUGUGGGUUUGCUUGUGGAUGUGCGCGUGGGUUUGCUUGUGGGUGUGGAUGUGCGCGUGGCCUCGUUCUACGGCGAUGGCUAUGUGCAGCUCAAGGCGGUGGAGUCGUCGAACCGUAACUCCCUGCGUGUUCGCUUCCGUACCUCCAGCCCCCGCGGCCUGCUCUUCCUCGCUGCCGACCAUACAGACUACCUUCUACUGGAGCUGAACUCUGGUUGCCUGCAGGUGAAGCUGGACUUGGGAUCCGGUGAGUGUUUGCUACGGUCUGAAAGUAGCACCCAGCUAAACGACCUGGCCUGGCACACUGCUGAGCUCCUCCACGACCGCCACAAUGUCACCCUGACCGUGGACCAGCACUCCCACACCAGCCUCAGGAUGCCAGGGCAUGGAUCUCAGAAACAGGAGCUGAGCAUCCAGGAAGGGCUGUACAUCGGCAGCUCUGGAGGCCUGGACAAGCUCUACCUCCCCAGUGACCUGACUGGUUUCCGGGGGUGUAUGGACGAGGCUGUCUUCAACGAGCACGAUAUGUUAUCGUCGUUGAGACCUUACGCAGGAUUCAAGAGCGUCUAUGAGGUUUCUUUAGGCUGUAGUCCCCAGUUCUUUGCUAACGAGGAGGACCCUGUUAGUUUCUUUAGUUCUAGAGCGUAUGUCUCCCUGCCACCCUGGAAUAUCUCCCACGUCCAGCAGGAGGCUCUGUUUGAGUGUGUGGUUCACACCUCAGCUAAAGAGGGGAUCAUCCUGUAUAACUCGGCCAGACAGGGGGGCUUUGUGGCAGUUGAGAUCCAAGAGGGGUUGCCUGUAGCCCUUGUGGGUAAAGGAGGCACCAAAACAGAACUUCACUCCCUUACCUUCGUCAAUGACAGGAAUUGGCAUUCAAUCAAACUGUUCUUCAGCCCCAAGACCCUCCAGCUGACAGUGGACAAGGAGACAGUAAAGACUAGCAUCAGCUCCAAGGGACUACAGCUGAGGGGUUCUGUCUUUGUUGGGGGCAUUGACGACAGCACGCGCACAGAAGUCCGGAAGAUGGGUCUGGUGUCUGUGUCAGGGAAGAGGGUCAGAGGAGGCUCGUUCAAGGGCUGUCUGAAGGACAUGAAAGUCAACGGGAUGAAGAUGGGUCUGCCCAAUGCUGCUGUCACGAAGGAUAUAUCUGUGGGCUGCGGGCCAGAGAAAGAACCAGAGCCCUCGACCACGAUGAGUCCAAUGACUCUUCCGACUGUCCCCAAGUCCCACUUCGAUCCCACUUCCGUCACCCCCACACCAGAAUUCCCCAUGUCCACUCUGGACAGGGGGCUGGACAAGAGGUACGGGAUGAACUUCGUGCUGCUCAGGAACCUUGUGGUCCCGGAGGGAGGACGUGGAUCUCUGGAAUCCAAACACAUCAAGGUUCUCCUGGACUUCAAGAAGCUCAGAAUACGGCAGUCCCAGAUCAUGUUCCGGAUCCAAGAGCAGCCGAUACUCGGUCAGAUCAGACUGGAUGUAGACCAGGACCUAGAGGAGAACACCUUCAGCAUGCUGGACCUGUGGUACGGCAAGGUGAUGUACAUCCACGGUGGAUCAGAGAACCCAGAAGACUUCUUCACCUUCUCUAUCUUCUCCAGCAGCAGGAAGGAUGUUCCUGACUACCUGAAAGGAGCCAGGAGGUAUCGCUACAACAUCACAGUGAUGCCCACCAACGACGCCCCAGAGCUCAGCCUGCCCCAGGGGAACCUUUUCAUUCUGUUGGAUAACUCUAGAAAACACUUGACCACGGAGGUGUUGAAGGCCACAGACAUCGACAGCAACCAUACCAACCUAAUAUUCUCUGUCCUGGGGAAUCUGAACACUGACGCAGGUUACCUGGAGGUGGAAGACAACCCCGGCGUUGCAGUUACCACAUUCUCCCAUUCUGACCUAAAUGAAGGGAAGGUGAACUAUGUCCACACUGGGGCGAGGAACUCCAGGAUCGUCCUGAGGGUCAGUGAUGGAGACAAGGUGAGCAAUACGGUUGUGCUUAGGAUUAUGGCCAUAGGGUUGGAGUAUAAGAUCGGCAACAACACCGGGCUUGAGAUAAUUCAGGGUGAGGUGUCUGUGAUCAGUAACAAGCACCUGGCCGUUCAGACCAAUGCUGUGAAGCAGGUGGUGGACAUCCGAUAUGAUGUUGUCGAGCCCCCUCAGUAUGGUGAGCUGCAGAGGCUUCACUCCAGCGGCGAAUGGAAGCCCACUGGUUCCUUCUCCCAAAGGCUACUGGAGAAAGAACGCCUUCGGUACCUCAGCACUUUCCAAGAAAUCCAGACAGCAAAUGCUACGGAUUACUUCAAAUGCAAGGUCACUGUAGCUGGUAGGGUCGAUACUGAACUGGUCUUCCCCAUCACUGUGAAGUGGGUACAUUAUAACCUAGUAAGGAACGUAAUGGCCGACAUUGAUAAAGUUCGGAAAGUGACGUUGGACUCGCAGUAUCUUUAUGCCACUGUGGACGUUGUGACACUAUCUGAGGAUGAUCUGCACUUCAGAGUUCUAUCCUCACCGAAGAAAGGACAACUUCUGCUCGUUAACGAGUUACUGAAGAAAAACUCAACAUUCAGCCAAAGGAAUGUCACUGAUCGAAAGGUACAAUACGAACUGGUCGACAGACCGUACGAAGACACAAGCGACACUUUUAAAUUCCAUGUGUUCUCCAAACAUGCUCAAACGCAAAGUUACAAUUUCCAGAUCUCAAUAAAAGCUGAUGUCAAUAGCAUAUUUAUAAGAAAUGAUGGCCUUCUGAUUAAGGAGGGAGAGAGUAAACUCAUCACAAAGGCCGAGUUGUUUGCAGAGACACUCAGCACCAAGGAGAUGUACUACACCGUCACAAGUAGCCCCAAACACGGGAAUCUGCAACGCAUCAACCUGUCCAACUCCAACACCAGUUACAACAUCAUCCAAACGUUCAGCAACCAGGAUCUCUUGGAGGAGCGCGUCAUGUACAUCCACGACGACACAGAGACCACUCAGGACCAGUUCACAUUCAUAGCCUCCACUAGUCAGGAGUCCAAAUCCUCCGUCACGGACGAUGAAGUCGGAUCCAAAGAAGGGACGUUCAACAUCUCCAUCCAGCUAGUUAAUGACGAGAAGCCAGUACGCGUUGUCGAUAAGGUUUUCCAUGUGGUGAGGGAUGGGCAGCGGUUGCUCACCCUGGACGAUCUCUGUUACCAUGACGCAGACUCGGACUUCAGCGACGGGCAGUUGGUCUACACGCGACGGGGAAUACCGAUGGGAGACCUGGUUCUGGUGAACGACACCUCUCACAGGCUGUUCCAGUUCACCCAGAAGGAGCUGGAAGAGAAGAGAGUGUUGUUUCUCCAUCGAGGCGUGAGCUCCGGACGCUUCGUGCUCUUCGUGUCCGACAGGAAACACUUUGUCUCCACUCUGCUAGACGUCACUGCCGAAGACCCUUUCCUAAGACUUGGCAACAACACAGGUCUGUUCGUCCAGAAGGGAAAGGAAGUGACCCUAACCACAGGUAACUUCAGCGUGCUCACGAACCUCGACAUCCGAGACGACAGCGAGGUCACAUACAAGGUGUCCGAGCCGCCUAGGAACGGCGGGCUGUAUCGCCACGGCAACAUCUCCAUGCAGUCAUUCACCCAGCGCGACCUGAAGAAGGGCCUUGUUUCGUAUCGCCAUGACGACAGAAAGAACCCGGGGGACUCUUUCAACGUGACGGUGAAGGUUAAAGGCACUUAUCUGAACGCCAGAGUCAACGUUAAGGUUUACCUGGACAGCCAUCAGAGGCCCCCUAUCCUCCAGCACAACAACACUUUACUGGUGGAGGAGAGCACGCCUGUGAAGAUUGACCAGAGUAGACUGGAGGUCAUCCACGAGAACAACAUGCCGUCUGAGAUUGUAUUUACAGUGAAGGUGGCCCCGCUACACGGGUUCAUCCGGCGCUUCGUGGAGACUGAGGACCAGUACGUUGGAACUGGACAGACCCCCGUCCAAACCUUCUCCCAGGAAGACGUAAACGCUGGCAACAUCCAGUACAUGCAGACAGCCCCCGGCCAGGUCAAUGACACCUUCCUAUUGGAUGUCUCCAACGGGGUCACGGAGGUCAACAAUAUCAGCAUGUCCGUGGACAUCAUCGCCCACCUCAUCCCUCUACAGGUGUUGAACUUCACCCUCAGAGAGGGCGGAUCCAAGGCUUUGACCCAGGAAGUGCUCAGGGUCACCAGCCGACACUUCUCUGGCCUCAACUUCCUGUAUAGCUUGUCUGAACCCCCGCAGAAUGGCCACAUUGAACAUUCACGUUACCCCGGGGUUCCUCUACGGGUUUUCACCAGACGCCAGGUGGAGCAGGGGGUAAUCUACUACAUACAUGACAGCAGUGAGACGUUAGAAGACAACUUCACUGUGGUGGCCAACGACACAGGCCUGAGGAAACAGAGCUCUCCCUGUACCGUGUACAUCCAGGUCACAGCCGUCAACGACCAGCAUCCAGUCAUCACCGCCAACAGGGUCCUCAGGGUGUGGGAGAGGUCGGUGACAGAGAUCCGCCCUGAGAAUUUGGACGCCCAGGAUGAGGACACGCCCCCUGAGGAGCUACAGGUGAUUGCGACUCCGCCCAACAAUGGCCACCUGGCGCUGAAGAGCGCCCCCACCAGGCCGCUCCUGAACUGUACACUACAACACAUCCAUCUGGGACAGCUGGUUUUUGUCCACAGUGGUGCCAUGUCGGGAGGGUUCAACUUCCAGGUGAACGACGGAGUGAACUUUUCCCCCCGCCAGAUCUUCAGCAUCACAGCCAGCACCCUGGUCCUCAGUCUGGAGAACAACCAGCCCCUCAAGGUUUUCCCAGGCUCUACAACACCAAUCACCAGGGACGAUUUGCAGGCAGUGACCAAUGACAAGAGAUCCAACCGCACCAUCACCUUCAACGUGAUUCGUCGACCCGAACUCGGCAGACUGGUGACAGUGCUUGCUAAUAACUAUACUGUAGAUGUCUCCUCCUUCACACAGACAAUGGUGGACCAGGGGGAGGUUUUGUACUUCCAAAGUUUUGUGGAGUCGGUUGGAUGGUCUGCCAUGGACUCAAUGACCUUCUCAGUGUUUUCACCACCGGUUACCCUGGAGACCCAGACCUUUGAGAUUGACAUCUCCUACGAGAAUGCUGGAACCGACCGCAAAUCAUUGCUCCUCGCUAACACAGGUGCAGUGGUGACCGAGGGUGACAGUGUUGUCAUCGACGAGUCCAAGCUGGAUGCGUCUAACCUAAUGUUCAAGCUGCCCACGCCCCAGCGCAACUCCCAUGAGGUUUGGUUCCAGGUCAAGUCGUUACCCCAGCAUGGCGUUAUCGUGGUGGGAGAGAGGAACCUCAGUGUGGAGAAACCUAACUUCUCCCAGCGAAUUCUCAACAAGUAUGGCAUCACAUAUCGCCAUGACGACUCCGAGACGCGCCAUGACAGCUUUGUCUUCGACACCUGGCUGAACCCCAAGGGAAAGCCGGCCCAGCGCCCUCUAGACGUCAGCCAGGUGCUGGAAGAGUGGUUCAACAUCACAGUGGUCCCGAUCAAUGACCAGCCACCCGUCCUGAAGACCAAAACUCCCAGCCUGAGUGUGGUACAGGGGGACACAGUGGCCCUGGGAUUGCAGAACCUCAAUGUGAAAGAUCUGGACAACCCUUCAGAGGAUAUCCAGUACACUGUCGUCAGCAAGCCCAACAACGGCUAUCUGGCCCUGGGAGGAAGCCUGAAUGAGUCUGUGGUGUCCUUCACUCAGGCUCAGAUCAACAGUGGGAAGGUGUACUUUGUCCAUGAUGGAAACCAGGCGUCGGGGGUCUUCUAUUUCAGUAUCUCGGACGGCCACCACGAGCCGGUGUACAAGCUAUUCAACCUGGAGUUGACAGAGAUCACCAUCUCCCUGGUUAACAACACAGGGCUGACUCUGAAGCAGGGUCAGACCUGUGUAGCGUUAACCCAGGGGAGUCUGGCUGCAGAGACUAACGGGAAAACCACAACGGUUCACUACCGGAUCACCAAGCUUCCACGGUACGGCAAGAUCCUUUGGCUGGACAACCAGGAUUUGAGGCAGUUUGAGCAGGAGGACUUAAGGACUGGUCGCUUGUUUUAUCAAAUGACGAGCGUCACAUCUGGUCAGGACAGCUUUGAGUUCACUGUAUUUACGUCGGAAGCUCACCUGACGAAUCAGGUUGUCAACAUCACAGUUAAGCCCCUGGUGAGGUUUGGCAAAGGGGUGAGAAUACCCAAUGGCAUUGUGGUCAAACUCAACGCUGGUUUUCUCAAUGCAACUGAGCUGGCUUCUCUAACAGGCAACGACCCCGUCUUCGAGGUCGUGUCCCAGCCAAAGUACGGCAAGCUGGCCCGAGGAAAAGCCAAAGCUGGUAUGAAAACAGAGCCGGUGGAGGCUUUCUCCUUCCAGGAUGUGAAGCAGGAGAGGAUAUCCAUCGAGCUCAAUGCUAACAUGACUGAAGAGCAGGAGCUGAACGACUCGUUGGUUUUUGUUGUGAAAGCGGAGAACGUCCCACCAGCCAAGGGAGAGUUCCUCUUCACUGUCGUUCCAUACGAUCCAUCGCUAGUCAGAAGAACAGAGAGUCCCGUCCUGAACACCAGCAGUCUUUUCUCUCAGUCUCUGAACCAAACGAACCAAACGACAGUGUUUGGUAUUGGGGCAACACUACCCUCCCUGUCCACAUCCAGCAAGACCCACCAGAAGUUCAAAGGUCGCAAUCACUGGGGAAACACCAAUCGCAACGACUCGACAGGUACAACUUUGGGCAAACCCACCAUGGGUAGAGGAGAAGACCUUUCUGAGAUCCCCUUUAUGAUGACACCGGUCCGAGUAGAGUCAUACCCACAGAGGACUUACAACCCCCUAUUGGUGAUCCUACCUCUCCUGGUCCUGCUCCUAUUGGUCAUCAUCCUGGUGGUGCUGUUUCUACUGCUGAGACGCAACAGGAAGAGGAAACAAAAACCUCUGACACUGAAACCGCCGCCCUCGCCCUCGCCCCCACUGGACUAUCACGACCAUCCGCAGAGGAGCGCGGCCGCUCCCACGGUAAUGGUGACUCCGCUGAGCCCAGGCGACCCUGGAAGUCCUGCCUUGGACAGGCCGCUUCCUUUCGCCAAUCGGGGCUCAGUUAGCAACUCUGCAUCACUGCCGGACUGCUCAUUGAAAGCUGUAAAUCCAGAGAGUUCAGACCAGCUCAUUAGGACCCCAACCCCCACUCUACAGCAGAACCAGUACUGGGUAUGACCCUUUUGCUGCUGCCACCUAGAGGAGGGAUGGAGAAGUGGACUAUCUACCCUGUACACUGACAUCUAUUCCGAACACCCUCACCAACCCCACGCAUCGUUAAACUGUAAACCAUGGCGCUAGGCU